UAUCAACCUCCGGCGUCCAUGUAAGGGCAUGAUGCAAUGAGAAGUGAUACAGAUGAACGAUGAAAUUAUCUGGCCGGGCCCUUAGAUGGAGAUCAGAAAUUAGUCGAAGCAGUACCCAAGUACCCAGAAAGCGUCGCGCUGCUACAGCCUAAUGUCUGCGGAAGAAGCCACGGCGACGCCGCUCAGGGUGGCGGAAGCUCCUUCCGGAAAAAAGAAAGGCGAUGGUGGCGCUGGCGGAGGACGCGGCGGUGUCAGGAAACAGUACAUCGCUGCCAUAGCCGCCAACCUGUCGGCGGUGGCGGCCGGCGCGGUGCUGGGCUGGUCGUCGCCGGCGCUGGUGCGGAUGCCGCUGAACGCCGAGCAGCAGUCGUGGGCCGGCUCGCUGGUGGCGGUGGGGGCGACGCUGGGGCCAUGGGCCGGCGGCUGGGCGACGGGCCGCGUGGGGCGGCGCGGCGCGCUGCUGUGGGGGGCGCUGCCCUACCUGCUGGGCUGGGCGCUGCUGAUGGGCGGCCUCGCCUCCUUCUGGCUGCUGCUCGCCGCCAGGGUGGUGCUCGGCGUCGCCGUCGGCGUCACCUUCACCGCUCUCCCCAUGUACGUCGCAGAGAUAGCCGAGGCGUCGGUGCGCGGCGCGCUGGGGUCGCUGCUGCAGCUGGAGGUAUCGGUGGGCAUGCUGCUCAUCUACGUGGUGGGUCCGUACGUGACGUACCACGCGCUGGCCGCCGUCUGCGUCGCCGUGCCGGCCGUCUUCGCCGCCGUCUUCUUCACCCGACCCGAGUCGCCAUACUUCUUCCUCUACCAGGGCAACGACGAGGCCGCCGAGCGGGCGCUCCGGGCCGUCCGCGGAGACGACGAGGACAUCUCCGCUGAGUUCAGCGACAUGCAGGAGGCAGUGGAAGACGCGAAGAAGAACGAGGCGUCUUUCCGCGACCUGGUGUCGACGCGGGGCAACGUUCGCGCCCUCUACCUGACGCUGGGCCUGAUGACGUUCCAGCAGCUGUCCGGCAUCAACGCGAUGCUCUUCUUCGGCGAGGCCAUCUUCAAGAUGACGGGCAGCAGCAUCGACAGCAGCGUCUCGCUGAUCAUCGUCGGCUUCGUCAUGCUGGCCGCGUCGUGCACCACGCCGCUGCUCGCCGACCGCCUCGGCCGCAGGAUCAUGCUCAUCGCCUCCGCCAUCGGCAUGUGCAUCUCGCAGGUUGUCCUGGCAAUAUACUUCCAAAUGGCUUCAUCAGGAAAAGAUGUCUCAUCGCUGGGCUGGCUUCCUGUAACGACAUUCGUCAUGUACAUUGCCGUCUACCCACCUGGCUUCGGCGCGCUGCCGUGGGCCGUGAUGAGCGAGCUGUUCCCGGCCAACGUGAAGAGCGUGGCGUCGUCGCUGUCGGCGUCGGUGUGCUGGUUCCAGUGCUUCCUCAUCACCAAGUUCUUCGCCGACCUGGUGGCCGCCGUCGGAGAGGCGGCGCCCUUCUUCGGCUUCGGCGCCUGCUGCGUCGCGGCCGCCCUCUUCGUCUACUUCCUGCUGCCCGAGACCAAGGGCCGCACCCUCGAGGAGAUACAGGACAUCCUCAACUCGCGGUAGCCGGCCUCCCCGAGACCGCUGUUGUCCCAAAAACUACUACCCGCUCAGAGGAAGCGUCGACUUUCCGGGUGCACAAACCCAAGACGCUUGUGCGUGUCCAGAGAAAGUGCGUGACUUAAAAACGGUGGACUCCAGAACAAGUUUACUGCGGUGAUUUCGUUGGUUGGCUCCAGAAGGUCACCGCGAAACUGGAAUGACCUUGGCACAUGUGGCAAUUCGUACACUGCUAUACACUCCCUGGUACCUUUGCUACAUCUGAUGACUAAAUGCUAUUCAUGCAAAUG